AUGGCAAUCUAUGCUGAUAACUGCGCUGCUAACUCUGCUUUUCAAACCUCGAGCAGUUCUGCAACGCCUACCAGAGGCAUUGGCAGGUUCGGAAUCCCUAAAACCGUUUUCUCGCCUGCAGCGUACUCUCCUGUGAAGGCUGCUGCUUGCAACGACGACGGUGAGACGUUCUGCAGCAGCGUGCUUCUGAAGAGCGUGAGGCCGCUGCUGGAGAAACUGGCCUCCCAAGGCGUCGCUGACGGGCAACACAAGCCCGCCAAGGUGCACGUUGUACCUGACGCGCCUGAUGUGAAGCGGCCUGGAAUUGGCCGCUUCGGAGGCAAGCCUGCUGCUGCCGUGCUCGCACCUGUGGUCGUCCCUGCUGCUCCCUCACCAUCUGCUGCUGCUGCAGUCACACCGUCUGCUGUGGUUGCGCCUGUGGUGGUGCCUGAGGUAGCGCCUGUGGCUCCAGUUGCUUCAACCACACCACAGGUGGCUGAAGCGAGUGUGACAACAGAAACAAUAACUGAGGAGGCGAGUGCAUGUGCGGCUGAUCCGAGUGAGAAAGCGAGGUGGGCGAAGCUGCGUGAGGAGGUUCGAGUUAUGAAUAUUGCGCUGACACGUGCUGCUUACCUGAGGUGGGACAAGCGGAGCAAGGAGGCCUCAUGGGCCAUGGAGAUUGAAGCGGCCAUUGAAGCCGCCCUGCCAGCAGCAGUUGCGGGAUCACGUGGUGGUGCAUCAUCAGUGAGUGCAACUUGCAAGGCCAGCAGCAGGCAGGCGAGUGGGGUGAAGAGGAGAGAAGAGGGUGGGUGUGGGGAGGGAGCAGCAGGGAGGGCAGCAGGUGGAAGGCAGGGUGGUGUGAAUGCAGCAGGUGGCAGAGCAGUGGCAAGUGGCGUGUGUGGCAGGGAGGGGGUGAAGCAGCAGGCGGGGAGGAGAGAGAGUUUGGUGCAUGAGAGGCAGGCGAGGCCAGGCUGCAGCAGCAGCAGGGCGCACAGAAGGAGCUCCUGA